ACAAAGAGAUGAAGCAAUCGGGCUACAUGGGAUUAGGGUUUUAAUAAUUUUAGUUCCAAUAGAUGAAGAAGAGAAGCGUAUACUCACAGAGUAACAAUGAAAACUGAUAACUUCAACGUGAAGAAGCUUGUCAGGGACAAGAAGUUCUGGUUCGCCUCUUUUCUCAUUGUUUGGGCUGCGGGUCUUCAGGGUCACAUGAUGUGGAUGAAGAAACAAGACUCCUUUAAGGAGAAGUUUGUGGAUCGAACCCAGGUCAAAGAUCAGCCUAAGGACGAAUUUUUAUCUGAUGAUUCAGUCGUACUAGAUUGAUUGAAAUGACGCCCAACAUGACAGGAGAUCACAUUUGUAGUAUUGUUGAUGGAUCAACAAUGCUCUAGUAUGAUCGGGCCCCUGGCUUGACCUUAGACAUAAGGGUCAUAUGCGACACCAAGUUAGAUUGGCUCUUUUUGCUGUAGGCUGGUGCCAAACACGAGGUCACAAGCUUUGCACCAUCUAAAAUUGUGUAAAUGUCUGUAGUGCAACUCUAGUGAAAACAGAUCAAGCGAUUACCACUUGCCUCCUAUUUGAAUUGUUCAAAACAAAAUGGCUAAAUAUUGUUUUGGAAUAGCACAUGAGAUCUUUCAAUUUUAAAAUGUUUUGAAUAAUAAUAAUUUGAUUCUAA